CUUCAGAGCUCUUCUUCAAAGUGUGCUCGAGACAAGAGUUGUUGUUCUUUCCGCCUGGUGGUGCCACGCGCCGAGCAUCAUCGUCACCAUGCCUCGAGGAUUUUUGGUGAAGAGAAACCGGCGGUGUUCCGCUUCAUAUCGGUCCCGAAACAACAGCAAUGGCAAACCGGUCCCGUCUGACGGUGACAGGACCAACAGUGACAUUUCUGAAGUGACACAACCAGAGGCAGUGAAGGAGAACGAAGUUCUCAAUGUUUUCCCGUUUGACCGGCAGGAUGGACAGCUCCCGGUGUGCCGCGAGGACUCCGCCGGUGUCAGAGAGGCUUGGAGCCCGCACGUGGAGUCCGCGCUGGAGGCGGAGGCGGACCGUCGCGCUCAGCUACCAGAGACUGAAGAGCAGGUGAGCGAGGUGGACGUUUUAACUCCAGAUGGUGAUUUCUCCUACUUCUCUUUCCCUCCUCCUCCUCCUCCUCCUCCUCCUCCACGCGACUUGACGUUGACAGAGUCUUGCAGCCCUGUUAAACCGGUCGGCACCAGACUGAUAGAGCAGCCUGGGGAAGGGGAGAAGCAGUCGUUGUUCCCCGUCAGGUGCCUGACAGCAUCCCCAGUGUCGGAGUUACCGGAGCUGCCGUUCCUGGUGAGCUCCACGCCGACUUCAGUGUCCGCUUCUUUUGAGAGGCUCCUUGCGGGCAGCAGUCGCCACGCGCCGUCCUACGGGCACGGUGACAAAUACGACACGAGCAUGGGUCAUGUGCACCUGUUCCCGCCGCUGACACUCAUGAACCAAGAGCAGCACCACGCAGCGAGAAAACGCACGUUCCUUGAAGCGGACCAACGCCUGAACAGCAAUAGACACAACAAACAGUCCGCGGGCAACCCGUCAAAGAAACCCAAAGUGAACCGCAAACUCAACUUUGAGGAUGAGGUCACGACCUCUCCGGUUCUGGGUCUGAGGAUCAAGAAGGAGAGUCCCGAGCUGAGGAGACAGCGGGAGAAGUCGUCUGCUCCCACCGGGAACCAGCCGCUGGGAGAGUUCAUCUGCCAACUUUGCAAAGAGGAGUACCCCGACCCUUUCUCCCUCGCGCAGCACAAGUGCUCCCGCAUAGUGCGCGUGGAGUACCGGUGCCCCGAGUGCGACAAAGUCUUCAGCUGUCCCGCAAACUUGGCCUCCCACCGCCGCUGGCACAAACCUCGUCCGGUGAACAACCAGGGAGGAGAGACUCCGACAAACAAGAGCCAGCCCUUGAAAGAGGCACGAGGUCUCAUUCAGCACGAGAGGCAGCCGGUCGAGAUGGAGGGCAAAGAGAACGAGCUGCUGCGCAUCAACACUAAUCAGCACCACGCAGCGCUGGACAGUUCCCGCAUCAGGCGCGAGCCGUCCUUGCUGCUGCUCCACGGUCGGUCUCGGGACAGUCAAGACAGAGACAGCCUCGCGCCUCCUCUCUAUGAGUCCUCGCUACACUACCGGGACCCAGUUGAAAGCUGCCUGGACCUGCAGCCGCAGGUGAGAGCGGCAGACAGCCCGCCCUCGAGCCUCCUUCUACUUAGCGGUAACCCAGACGAGCGCGCGGACCUGCCCCAGCAGCCGCCGCCGUCACUCCCGCAUCCUCCUUCACCGUUUGUCCAGUCGUUAGCGGAGGAGGAAGUGUACGAGUGCCGGUACUGCGGCAAGAAAUUCCGUCGACAGGCUUACCUGAAGAAACACCUGGCUGCGCACGAGAUGACAGCGCGAGCGUCUCCGCCCCCUUCACCAUACGGCCAGGCGCGCGAGACCAGCGGCGGCCAGAGCCAGGUGUUCCUGUGUCACCUGUGUGGCGCGCGCUUCCCGUCGGUUGAAAUCAGAGACAAGCACCGUCUGUGGCACGCGAUGAGGGACGAGCUGCUGGCGGGAGCGCUGGGAGGAGGACUCAGACCAGAUGUGUUCCACGCGCAAGGGGAAGAUAACGGCAGGGAGUGCGAGCAGCAGCAGCAGCAGCAGCAGCAGCAGAUCUUCACGUGCAAGCACUGUCCGUCCACAUUCUUCAGCUCCCCGGGGCUCGCGAGACACAUCAACAAGUCUCAUCCCGCCGAGAACCGGCAGGUGAUGCUGCUGCAGAUGACCGUGCGACCGUAAAAGGCGCGCGCGAGAGACAGACGCGCUCAGCAGACAACAUGAGCCGUCAUUUCGAGGAAACUAUUAACUGUUCAUUGUUUUCAUUCAAAUUAAAGCCCACGUGUAUUUCAGCUGUCAUAUGUCCGGACUGGGGCCUGUUUGUUGAAGCCUUUUGAGCAGGCUUCAACAAACAGGCCUCAAUGCGUGUUAUCAGUGUUACCACAGGACAGGGCUGAAGUAAAGUCAGCGUGCCUUCUGUAGCAAACGUCAACCAUGGUAUCAAACUAGUGCUGUCCAUGGUGCUGAUUUUAAACGAACGCCCCGCUGAAACUUGUACAAAAUAAACUAUUUCUUUUGUUAGAUUCCUUUUUCGUUAAAGGGGGGUAAGGUCAGUAAUACAAACACGUUUCUAGACUUUGUUUCUGUAGUUCUAUUCUCAUCAUGGGGAUAUAAUUCUUUAUCUGUAUUGACACAGAUGAUGCGGGCUUUUUUCAGCUUUUCCCGCAUCCUCUCAUACCACACCCGGCACCCUGUACACGAUCUGACAUAAGAUCGCAGUAACUCCACAGGCUGCGUUUGACUCAAGGGCUGUUUUGAUUUGGCCACAUUUACUGAAACAAGGAAUGGCCGCACACUCUACAUUUAAACUCACCGUCAACAUACUUCUGUGGCAAAGUAAUCAGAUUAUACUAAAGCAAAGGAGAGUUACCUACUGGUGUAAUAUGUAGCGACCCGUAAUAAUAUAGAAAGUGACCUUCCUUAGCCCCAAGAAGUGGAGACAGAAUCAAUGUCCUGUUUCAAAGAUGAUUUCAUGUACAGUAAACAAUAUAAAGAAAAAAUAAAACAAGGAGAAAAUAAUCAGAUAGACCAUAAUAUGCCUUUUAUAGUAAAUGUGCCAGUUAACUUCUCAGCUAUAAAAAUAUUUUCAUACAGAAUGUAACUUUAAUGUUAGUACUGCUAGUAAAAAGAAAUGUCUUUUGUCUUUAUUGAUUAUAAAUGACUGUUGGAAAUAUUUGCUAAAUGCCUUCAUGAUGCUAAAAAUGUCAUUGUGGUUCUAUGAAGCCUAUACAGUACUAUUUUGAUAUGUUUGAAGUUGAAUGUGAAAUUUAUUGUAAAUUAUUGUCA